AUGUCCGUCCCCGCCUGCUCCGUGUCGAGAUGCGUCCAGCGCGGCACCACCCGGGCCAUCCUCCGCCGACGAUGCCGACUGCCGUCUCUGCCUCUCCGCGCCGCGGCUGCCCUGACGACGGCGGAUAUGCCCCGGCCCGCGCUGCGUCCGCCGUCCCACGCCGUCCCCGGCCGAGCCUUCAGCACCGCGCGCCCCCGGUUGCGCGCCGCCGCCGACCCUGAGCCCUUUGACCCGGCCAGCAUCGAGCGCGAGUCGGACCAGGUCGACGUGUGCAUCGUCGGCGGCGGGCCCGCCGGCCUCAGCGCCGCCAUCCGCCUCAAGCAGCUGGCCAACGAGGCCGGCAGCGACGACUUCCGCGUCCUCGUCCUCGAAAAGGCCGGCGACAUGGGCGCCCACAUUGUCUCGGGCGCCGUCAUCCAGCCCUCGUCCAUCAACGAGCUGCUCCCCGACUGGCUCGACGAGGCCAACCCCAACCGCUUCGAGCACGCCACCCCGGCCGGCGCCGACAGGAUGCGCUUCCUCACCAAGACGGCCGCCAUCCCCAUCCCCGCGCCCCCGCAGAUGAGCAACCACGGCAACUACAUAGUCAGCCUGAACCAGUUUGUCAAGUGGCUCGGCGAGCGCGCCGAGGAGGUGGGUGUCGAGCUCUACCCGGGCUUCGCCGCCGCAGAGGUCCUCUACGAUGCCGACGGCUCCGUCAAGGGCGUCGCCACAAACGACCUCGGCAUCGCCAGGAACGGCCGCCCCAAGGACACGUUUGAGCGCGGCAUGGAGUUCCACGCCCGCGUCACCAUGUUUGGCGAGGGUUGCCACGGCAGCCUGAGCAAGCAGGUCAUCAGCAAGUUUGACCUGCGCAAGGACAGCCAGCACCAGACGUACGGCCUCGGCGUCAAGGAGGUGUGGGAGGUCGACCCCGCCAGGUUCGAAAAGGGCCUCGUCGUCCAUUCCAUGGGCUACCCCCUGCCGCGCGACGUCUACGGCGGCUCCUUCAUGUACCACUUUGGAGACAACCUCGUCGCCCUCGGCCUCGUCGUCUCGCUCGACUACCAGAACCCCUGGCUCUCCCCCUACCAAGAGUUCCAGAAGCUCAAGCACCACCCCCUCUUCAGCUCCGUCCUCGACGGCGGCAAGUGCAUCUCCUACGGCGCCCGCGCCCUCGCCGAGGGCGGCCUCCAGUCCGUGCCCAAGGUCGCAUUCCCCGGCGGCGCCCUCAUCGGAGACUCGGCCGGCUUCGUAAACGUCCCCAAGGUCAAGGGCACCCACAACGCCAUGAAGUCGGGUAUGCUGGCCGCCGAGGCCGCCUGGACCGCCCUCAGACAGAGCAGCGACGGCACCGUCUUCCUCUACGACUACGAGGACUCGCUGCGCCGGUCGCCCAUAUGGAAGGAGCUCAAGGAGGUGCGCAACAUGCGGCCCUCGUUCCACACCCCCCUCGGCAUCUACGGCGGUGUGGCCUACUCUGGCCUCGAGGCCUACGUCCUCAAGGGACGCGUGCCCUGGACCCUCAAGCACAAGCUACCCGACCACGCUGCCACCAAGCCGGCCGACCAGUUCCCCAAGAUCGAGUACCCCAAGCCCGACGGCAAGCUCAGCUUCGACAUCCUCACCAGCGUCUCGCGCACCGGCACCAAUCACGAAGAGGACCAGCCCGUCCAUCUGCAAGUCAAGGACUGGGACGCCCACACGGACAAAGCGUACCCGCCGUUCAAGGGUCUGGAGAACCGCUUCUGCCCGGCCGGGGUGUACGAGUACGUCGAGGACGCUUCGAAACCCCACGGCGUGCGGUUCCAGAUCAACGCCCAAAACUGCAUCCACUGCAAGACGUGUGACAUCAAGGCGCCGCAGCAAGACAUCAACUGGCAAGUGCCUCAGGGCGGCGAGGGCCCGAAAUACUACAUGACCUGA